GUGGAGGUGAAGAAGCUGAAAGAGUUUGAGAAUUACUGUGCAUAUGUUGAAGGAAGUAAAAAAGAUUGGAUGACAUAUCAGUGAGCCAAACGAUGAUAUAAAAAUUAUAUCAUCUCCUUACAUAGGAUAUUGGGCUUCCAAACAAACCCUUUUGAGCCAUAAAAAAGCCAGCGCAGCCAAACAACCUUUAUCGUGGCAUGUGCGGUGAGCCUUUCUUACUAACUCCCUAGCUUUUGAUGAUGGCGUCCACGUCAGAUCUGGGUCAGCGUGUUCGGCCCUGAUAGUCCCGACUUGACGGGAGAAAAGAAAAAAAAAAACCAAAAUUCCAAAUGCGGAAGGAAGCCGGGACACCUGGAUCCCGCUGUUUUUGCCCCUGAUCCAAUCUCCAUUUUCCUCUGACUCAGUGUAAAUGGCAAGCGACAAUGAAAAUUCUACUCUUACACCGCGACACCACCCGAAUGCCAGCCCUACCAAACCCGACUCCCCACCUCUCCUCAAGAGAUCCAAGACCAUCGCCGUCGAUACUCCGCCGCACUUCCCUGGCCCUCUCUUCCCCGCCGUCCGCCGUGUUUCAACUGCUCCUCCUCUCUCUGCUUCUGCUUUCCGUCAAACGACUGAUCUCCGCCUCUCCCUCGACAAUGAUACCGCCCCUACCCCUCACGGCGCUCAGUUCUUCAAUAGGGAUUAUAUAUUUCCCUCCUGCCUCGGUCCUUAUGCUUCCAACCCCAGACUCACUCUCAAGGCCCCCAAGAACCCCAACCAGGACCUCUCCACCACCACAUCCUCCUCAAAUCGUCGCAUUGGUUCGAGUAGGGCGCGAGGUAUGGCGGCGGAACAGUCGCCACCGGUAGCACCUCCAUCAAAGGUGGAGGAAUCGAAGAAGCAAGAGAAGCUGAACAAGGUGAUUGGCAGACCUGAUUCGGGUUCUCAGACCAGUAUGGGGAGAUCUUGGAAACCUACACAUUCUUUGUUGCAAUAUUUGCCCAUUAUCGCUUGUAUGUUCAUGGGGUUCUAUGUAGUUUACCUGCAGAAGAAAGUUACGAAACUUGAGGAAGAGAAAUCUCACCUUCAUCAACUAUGUAGCGAUGAAAACAUUAUCAAUGCAACCUGGGGAAUUUCAGUACCAGGAGAUAAUUAUUCAAUAUUAAAUUUUUUUAAUGCUGACAGUCGAUCUAUAGCUCUGUAUACUGUAGUGUGCACACUUGUUAUGCCGUUUAUAUUGUACAAGUAUCUUGAUUACCUUCCCCGGAUUAAGAACUUUUCAGAAAGAACUCAAAAUAGCAAGGAUGAGGUUCCUUUGAACAAGAGAAUUGCAUAUGUGGUCGAUGUUUGUUUCUCCAUCUAUCCUUAUGCAAAGCUGCUUGCACUUCUUUUUGCCACUGUAUUUCUUAUAGAAUUUGGUGGAUUAGCAUUAUAUGCUGUUAGUGAUGGCAACUUUGUUGAAGCUCUCUGGCUUUCAUGGACAUUUGUGGCCGACUCAGGAAAUCAUGCUGACAGGGUUGGCAUUGGACCCAGAAUUGUUUCUGUCUCUAUAAGUGCUGGAGGUAUGCUGAUUUUUGCAAUGAUGCUUGGGCUGGUUUCUGAUGCUAUUUCAGAGAAAGUUGACUCACUGCGGAAAGGAAAGAGUGAAGUCAUUGAAAGAAACCACAUUCUCAUUCUUGGAUGGAGUGAUAAAUUGGGUUCACUUUUGAAGCAAUUAGCAAUCGCAAAUAAGAGUAUUGGUGGAGGGGUAGUUGUUGUUCUUGCAGAAAGAGACAAGGAGGAAAUGGAGAUGGAUAUAGCAAAGCUAGAAUUUGAUUUCAUGGGGACAUCUGUCAUUUGUAGGAGUGGCAGUCCUCUUAUACUUGCCGACUUGAAGAAGGUCUCUGUGUCUAAGGCACGUGCUAUCAUUGUAUUGGCAACCGAUGAGAAUGCAGAUCAGAGUGAUGCACGUGCUUUGAGGGUUGUGCUCAGUCUCACUGGAGUGAAGGAAGGUUUGAGGGGCCAUGUAGUUGUAGAGAUGAGCGACCUUGACAAUGAACCUCUUGUAAAGCUUGUUGGAGGUGAAGUUAUUGAAACAGUUGUUGCUCAUGAUGUAAUUGGACGCUUAAUGAUACAAUGUGCUCUGCAACCGGGACUUGCACAGAUAUGGGAAGACAUCUUGGGGUUUGAGAAUUCAGAGUUCUACAUCCAAAGAUGGCCUCAGUUAGAUGGGCAACGAUUUGGAGAAGUACUGAUUACAUUUCCUGAUGCCAUUCCUUGUGGAAUUAAGGUUGCCGCAGAUAGUGGAAAGAUAAUCUUAAACCCAGAUGAUAACUACAUUUUAAAGGAGGGGGAUGAAGUCCUUGUUAUAGCCGAGGACGAUGACACCUACGCUCCCAGUCCCAUUCCUGAGAAGAUUACAUCACAUGUGGGUGGGGUAGCAAUUCAAACAUGCAACCUCCCUCAGGUACGCAGGGGAUUCUUCCAAAAGAUGAUCGACCCUCCAAAAUAUCCCGAAAAGAUAUUGUUUUGUGGUUGGCGCCGUGAUAUAGAUGAUAUGAUUAUGGUUCUAGAGGCAAUCCUUGCUCCUGGUUCAGAGUUGUGGAUGUUUAAUGAAGUUCCUGAAACAGAGAGAGAGAAAAAGCUUAUUGAUGGUGGACUUGAUAUUUCUAGUCUAGUUAAUAUUAAACUUGUCCACCGUCAAGGAAAUGCUGUCAUUAGAAGACAUUUAGAGUCACUUCCACUGGAAACUUUUGAUUCUAUACUAAUUCUCGCAGAUGAAUCUUUAGAGGACUCUGUUGUGCAUUCGGAUUCACGUUCUCUUGCCACUCUUCUCCUUAUUCGAGAUAUACAGUCGAAGAGGCUUCCGAACAAAGAUAUGAAGUUAACUCCGUCAUCUUUGCGGCUUGCUGGGUUUUCUCAUCACUCAUGGAUUCGAGAAAUGCAGCAAGCAUCAGACAGAUCAAUAAUAAUUAGUGAAAUCCUGGAUUCAAGGACCAGAAAUUUGGUAUCAGUUUCUAGAAUCAGUGAUUAUGUGUUGUCCAAUGAAUUGGUAAGUAUGGCACUAGCUAUGGUGGCGGAAGACCAGCAGAUUAACCGUGUCCUUGAGGAACUAUUUGCAGAAGAGGGCAAUGAAAUGUGUAUUAGACCGGCAGAGUUUUAUUUAGUUGAUCAGGAAGAGCUCUGUUUUUAUGACAUAAUGAUUAGGGGGCGACAGAGACGAGAAAUAGUGAUAGGCUAUAAGCUUGCAACUUCCGAGCAUGCAAUAAUCAAUCCACCACAGAAAUCUGAGCAGCGGAAAUGGUCUCUCGACGAUGUUUUUGUUGCGAUAUCAUCGGGUUGAGGAACGUAGAGACACAAGUAAACAACAAAGGGUGUCAGGUACAGGUUUGUAUUAUUUUGCAAAUCCCUCGUGCUAUCCUUGAUGAUAGGAAUAGGCGGUGUUACUAUUUCCAUAACUCAUCGAGACAAAGAUGAUUUGUGAAGCUAUGAUUCAUAAGCUCGAUGGCAUAAUUUUUAGCGCCUGCUUGAUUGGCUUAAGUGAUUUUGAAGAUAGUUUUUUGGGGGGAGAAGCCUAGAGGAUAGUGUGUGUAUUAUUAGAUUAGUGUACAGGAAAACUUUAGAUGUCAACAAAGAAUGUGUAUGGCAUAGCUAACCAAUUGAAGGGGACUGCGGCACUUGUAAUUUUGAUUGAUAUUGUAAAAUAGAUGGAGCUCUAUUGCCUUGGGAGGGGAUUACGAAACAUACGCAUCCUUACAUGGUGAUAAUAAUAAAGCAGGGUGUUUUGUUUAGGGUGAAA